CACACACCCGCGAAUCUCGGCGGAGAGCAGCCAGCUACCGCUCGUCGGCUCACAGUCCGUCACCGUCGCUCGUCGAGCGAGGACAGCGACGAUACUUGCGAGGCGGGAAACGAUAGAAACGGGAAAACAUCGAAUCGAAGAUAUUUUUCGAUACAAGCUCUCACGAGUACCACGAAAAAUAACGAUUCUCCAAUUCCUCGUAAAGAAUUCCACGUUUUAAUGUUGUUCUACGCGAACGUUACCGAAAGAAACUUUUCUUUUCUCAUAUGCCCACGUAUCCACGCGGCGGGGUAGCCAAGUGUAUCGCGACGAAUGAGACAUCUCUGCGAGAUAUAUCUCAAAGCGAGAUCCAACCCUUAGGCCCCUCAGCCCCCUUUUUUUUUUUAAACGCAAGGAGAGUGAAGAUUUCGUCGGUGGACCCGCCAAGGAGACUGUCGAAUCUACGAAGCACAGUUGUUGGGACGGUUAACUCCGAAAUGAGUGAAUGAAAUGAGUGCUGUGAAGGAAACAAUGGAUCAAACGACAGCGUACCGGUGCCCGGGGAUGAACGGCGGGAAGUAAAUUUGUGGUUGUGAGUGUAACGCGUGACGAGGCCACGUGGUUGCGGGGUUUGCGCCCAGAAUGUGCCUCUGCUCGGGAUCGAGUGAAAACUUUCAAACUCUCCGGUUGGAAGUUCGGUGAUCGAGUCGCGUGCAUAGACCGCGUGGAAAGCGCGCGCCUCCAUCUAGGGGUUGUUGUUACAGAGUGGGGCGGGACGUGUUCGCUUCGAGUGGAAUAAGAAGCGACUGCAGAGUCCAGCUGACGGAACACGUGUAUCGUUCGCGGACGUAAUGAUAUUUACACUGUGAUAACCGAGCGGCUGCGUACUAACAUCCCACGUUGUGUUCAGAAAUACUACAGGAUGAUAGCCGCGUGUUACCCGCGAGUGAGUGAGCUUUGAUAUCAAACCAGCGUAGUGCUACGUAGCUUCCUCGGACGCGAAAUGCUGAGUGUCUCAGCUGUGUCAGGCCGAUUACUUUGGGCAUUGAGAUCAACUUUGCCACCACCACCGUCUUUAGCAACGACGCCACUGCCGCCGCCGUCGUCGCCGUCGUCGCCGUCGUCGUCGUCGUCGUCGCCGUCGCCGUCGUCGUCGUCGUCGUCGCCGUCGUCGCCGUCGUCGUCGCCGUCGUCGGUGUCGUCGUCGUCGUCGUCGGUGUCGUCGUCGUCGUCGUCGUCGUCGUCGUCGUCAACGUCACCGCCGUCAUCGCUUUCGACACCCUCGUCACCGCUGCGACCGCCGUCGUCGUUGCGGUCGCCGUCGUCGUUGCGGUCGCCGCCCUCACCGCUGCGACCGCCGUCAUCGUUGUUGUUGUCGUCUUCGUUGCCGCCAUCGCAGCCGUUGUUGUCGUCGUCGCCGCAGCCGUCGUUAUCAUCGUCCUCGUCGUCGUCGUCGUCGUCGUCGUCACCGUCGCCGUCGCCGUCGUUCUCGUUAUCACCGUCGCUGUUGCCAUUGUUGUUGUUGUUAUUGUCCCCGUUAUCAUCGUCACUUCCAUUGCUGUCGCCGCAGCCAAGGGCCCACGUGGCCUACUAA